GGGUGAUGAGCUCAAGGCAAGUGGUGGUGGAUGCGCCCACCAGUGCCAGCUCCAGCAUGUCCCUGCAGAGGCACAGGGCAUCUUUCAAGCAAACACGGUCAUCGUCCUCCCUGGAUAGCCCCCCGGCUUCCAGGACCAGUGCCAUGGGUGGCCUUGUCCAAGCGCCCAGGGUCUAUGGAGGGAUGGUACCCAAUGGGUACCCAGGUGGCCUGAGUGCCCGUGUGACCCACCGAGCCCUGGGCAUCAGCAGUGUCUUUCUGCAGGGGCUGCAGAGCUCAGGCCUGGCCACAGCACCUGCUCCAGGCCUGGAGAGGGACCUCAGUGCCGUUGACCUGGGGGGCUGCCUGGUGGACUACAUGGCCAAGGUGCAUGCCCUUGAGCAAGUCAGCCAGGAGCUGGAGGCACAACUGCGGACACAACUGGAGAGCAAGGCCGGGCGCUCUGGGGAGUGGGGCCCACUGCCUUCCUGGUGCUCUAGUCUGAAACAAAUAGGAGAAACUGAGCUACAUAAUGUUAGAAUCACGAUCCAAGCAUGAAAGCAAACAAGGCAGAGAGGGGCAGAUUCCUUUAUCUGCAGAUAUGAAAAUGAGCAGCCAUUUCGAAAGGCAGCGGAAGAGGAAAUUAAUUCUCUAUAUAAAGUCAUUGAUGAAGCUAACUUGACAAAAAUAGAUCUGGAAAGUCAAAUAGAAAGGCUGAAAGAAGAACUCGGCUUUCUGAAAAGGAGCUAUGAAGAGGACUUAAGGCUUCUGAGCAGAGGAGUGAGUGGAUGUGCUCUCACCGCCCAUUUCUUCCAGCUGCAGGUUGUUGCCAGGAUGCUCUGGGGAAUGGCGAAGUUAAUCAGCAAACAACAGGCAGAGGUGGUCCACGUGGCCCAGACCCAGGAAGAGAAGCUGGUUGCUGCCCUCAGGGUGGAGUUACACAAUACUUCGUGCCAAGUCCAGAGCCUCCAGGCUGAGACGGAAUCCUUGCGGGCCCUGAAACAGGGUCUCCAGGUGAAAUUGCUCCAACUGGCUUUUCUGUUUGGCUUCCAGGAUCAAAGGAUUUGA